GGAAAGGGUAGGAUGUGCCGCGGUGAACAGCAUCGCAGCGGAUCCUGCGUUUGAGCCAGUCGUGAUGCCGGGGGAUGCGCCCAGGGCCGGCACGCCGCGCACGCCGCGGCCCAGGUCCGCAGCUCAAGGAAGGAGCGCUUCAGUGAAGGGAACCUCCAAUGGCAAAAGGGUGGCGAAAGAGCUUCGCCGUCCCAGCAGCGCCAAAGCCACGGCCAAAUGGGGAGGUCGUGAAAUGGGAGACACGCCAUGGGUCGCAUCCAUUGGUGGUGGCAUUCAUACCAGUUACACGGCCAUCGGCCAACCACAAGUGCAGCCGAUUCUGGCCGACCCUCGACGCUCUGCGAGAUCCACGCCGCCAGCGCCCGCCGCACCGGGCUUCGAGCUGAAAGUGGCCAUUCCCAGUGCACAUGGCCUGGUGGACAAACGCGACUUGCCGACGCCCGUGGAUCCUUCCGAGCACCUGCGGCGCUUGACCUUCUGCCCGCGGAUGCGGGCGAAGGGAUACUGCCGCCUGCCCAGCUGCACCUUCGUGCACGAAGUGUGCCGUCCGCGCCGGGAGUUUGAUCCGCUGUACUGCGCCAAUGCGCCACGCUUUUGCAGCAUGCUCCCAUGUCGCUUCCUUGCUGUAUUGGGAUGUUGUCCCCAUGGUGAGAGCUGCAUCUACUCCCAUGACAUCGCCCCGUUGCCGCCGCCCUCGGAUCCGUCCUUCCAGGCGUGGUCCUCCGAAGUUCCCGCGCAAGAGGAGGGUGAGGAGGAGAAGGAGGAGGAGUCUGCGCAGCCUGAGGCCUUAGAGGACACUCAGGAGACCUUCACCAGGACCCUGUCGCAAGCCACCUCGAGAGCCACCUCGCAGAUUUCUUCGGUGGAAAUGCCCAGGCCCAAGGUGAAGGUGCCGAAGACGCCAUGCCGCGCCAGAGUGCCAAGACCACGUAGCUCCAAGAGAGACAAACCGAUUCUGCCUCAGAUGGCCUCCUUGGGAUGUCCUCCUGAUUUGCCAUGUCCAGGCAAAGAUCGUCCGGUCUCCGGUGGUAUUCCGGUGCUGAACAUGAUGGCAGACAGACGGGUCUGUGUGAUAGCAGGUUGAGGCGAAAUCCCAUGAAACCUCUGUUGCCGGCGUUAGUUUCACCGGGCACCGACACCUGGUGCGCUUUACCCAGUCUGGUCCAAUCAACAGGGUUGCUCCAACUUCAGGGG